AUGAAAACAAUUCCUCGACAUCCCCCACUUUCAAAACCCAAGCAAGAAACUGAAAUGACCAGAAUUAAAUUACAGCAAAGAAUUGAAGUAGCACUACACAAGAUGGCCAACAACAAGUCAGUGCCAAGUGAAACAGUGCCUACCCUUUAUAGAUCAGUGCCAAACGAUGUUGAUGUUUGUGGUGAUGAUGGGGACAUGACCAUCAUCCUCGCCAUUGAGGCAAAAAAAUCUGACAAAGCGGAAGAAUUUGACACCCAGACUGAAGAUGUUGCCCUUGGCCAGGCUACAAAAUACGGCAAUGUUGAGAAAAUAAAAGCAGCCAAUAUACCUUCUACAGUGGCAUCAGGUAUCCUCUCACAGCGAGACAAAGGAAAGUUUGUGAGAGAUGGCUAUACAUACGGUUUUGAUAGACAUGGAGCUGAUAAUAGCACAGAGUUUUGGAGAUGUGAAAGGAGAAGACUAUGCAAAGCUAGAAUACAUGUAAAGAAUGGUGAAAUUGUAAAGAAUAUCAAUGAUCAUUCGCAUAAUGCUGACCCCGCUCAAGUAGAAAAAGGAAAAAUAGUAUCGAAAAUAAAAUUGCGGGCUUCAGAAACAAUGGAACAAACAUCUGUUGUGACUAAUGAGUGUUUAGAAAAUGUUAAUGAAGCAUACCAAGGAGUUAUGCCUAGUCAUAGCGCUUUGCGAAAAAUGGUGAGAAGAGAACGUAAAGCUUUGUCUGCAUACCCUCCUAAUCCUACAUCUUUAGAAGAAUUGGUUAUUCCUGUUGAUAUUCAAAAUUAUGGAUCGGAAAAUUUCUUCUAG